AAGGAUCGUAGACGAACGCCUCCAGCAAGGUCAAUAGCGUCUCGCGGCCUCUACGCAUCACUCUUAGAAUGCUGGAGCAUUGCUACGGAAUAUAACAACACACGUGAUCACUCAUGAUUGUGCAUUCGUUCAUCUCCCAUCGACCUUUUACGAUUACCGGACAAGCCGCUGAUAGCGCCGGCUGAUAAUUUAAUAUGGCAGUUCUUUCUUUGCCAGGGAAACCAUUAAAUGAAUAGAUAAGUAAAAGCACUCCUGGACAAGGUACCAGCGUGUCGUAUCUGCCAAAUCGUUUUGUAUCGAUCUACGCUCUCAUGUGCGAGAGAUAUCGCAGCUAUUGUGAAGGCUAACGCCGCAUCAUUAACAACUAAACUACAUUCCAAAUUAUUAACUUGUUUCCUCUAAAAAGUGACGAAACAAACGAGAGGUUUACGUAAUCGUAAUGCACAAUUCGCAGUGUAUCUUGACAUUUCGUAGAGUAUCAUCGAAAAUCCAUUUCUUUCCGUGUGUAUGUACGCGUAUGCGUACGAAAGCGUACAAGUCAUUCCGAUGGUUUUACGAAACUGAAAAAACGAUCUCGUAAGACACAAAUGGCCAUGACUGAUGUAUAAAGUGUGCCACGAAGAAGACAUAUAUCCUCAGUUUAAUUUCUCUGUAAAUGGAUGCAUCCGGAUGCAAGUUUUCUUAUUCCUAAAAGAAUUAUUACUAUUUGUUCUUUGAUCAUUUUUAAGAGAAACUUUAAUGGGAAGCCGUAAAAAGGAAUCUUAUAUGUUUAAAUUCGAGUGCAAACUUGAAAAAUUCUUUUUCUACUAACUAUUUACUUAAAACACGCAUACACAUGCGCACAUAAUAUAUCUAUACGCAAAUUUCAAGUUUCUUUUCAGAACUGUGUACUCGUAUUUGGAGGAAAGCGACAUUAUUGAAAUGAACACGGCCGAUUCGUCGGAAGCAAACAGCACCGAUAAUGAACAGAACAGUUACGUGUUAUGGAUCUUGCUGGACUGUUUCCUGUUUGUUGCAAUCAUAUUGGGGAAUAUCCUGACAAUAUUGGCCAUCACGUGGGCUCGUAAGCUCCGAAGCGUCAUUUCGAAUUACUUUAUCCUAAACCUAGCGAUAUCGGAUUUUAUGGUGGGCAUAACGGUACCGUAUCAUUUGGCGUUUUACGUGGACAGUGCGUUACACCGCAACAAGUCGGUGUGCAUCUCGCGUUUCGUCAUGUUUAUCUUAGCCUGCGGCGGGAGCAUAUACAAUCUCAUAAUGAUCGCCAUAGACCGAUACGUCGCUAUUGUGCAUCCAUUGAGCUAUAACGCAUACGCGACCAAAAGACGCGUGCUGCUGAUUAUAGUCGUCGCUUGGAUAUGCACUAUGGGCGUGUCAUCGAUUCCGAUAUAUUGGAAUUGGUUCGAUAAGUCACCCUCGUGUGAAUUGGAAACGGUAUUGCCGAGAUAUUACAUAGUGGCUAUACAGAUACCGGCAUUCUUUCUCAGUUGGAUAGCAAUGUUUCUGCUAUAUUGGAAAAUUUGGAGAGAAGCGCAUAUGCACGCGCGUCGCAUGAACCUCGGCGUCAUUCCGAAUAUCGCUGAGAAAAACGAUCGCAAAAGCGUACAGGUGGUACUGCUGAUAUUGGGCUGUUUUUCGAUCUGUUGGUUUCCUUAUUUCAUCAUAGUUUGCAUGCGAACCUUUGGUUGGAAAACAAAGUCGUUAACGAUUUGGUACAAAUCUACAUUCGCAUUGGCCAUUGCUAACAGCGGAAUGAAUCCCUUCAUAUACGCGUGGAAAAAUACCAACUUUCGUAAGGCCUUUCAAAAGAUUUUACAUUUUAAAUCGCCCAAUAGCAAUUUCAACUCCAGUUUCAAAAUGUACUUGGAAAAACAACGAAAGUUAAAUAAUCAGGCAGAUAUACAAGAUAGUCAGCAUACAAAUACAGGAAGAAACAACAAUUCGCACAAAUGUUCACCCGAGCGCCAAUCUGAUCAUGCAGAAGAAAACAGAACGGAAAACACAAUUUUUUAAAUAUCAUUCGUCUCAUCAUUUAACUAAAAGUUAUCUAAUAGAAGAACAAAUUGUAAA